CCUGAAGGCCCAACAGACCUCAAUCUUAUCUCCCUUUAUCUCCUGACCUUCUAUCCGUAGCUCUUCAUAAGCAUGUAGCAUUUGUUAGUUAGCUGUGCUAGAGUUAACAUGGGCUGAGGUCACUAGGCAGAACCGGUACCUAAUCUGUGUGGCAGGGGCCUGCACCUGCAGCAACCGUAGAUAUUCUCUGCACUGUUUCCCAGAGGCCUAUACUCCCCUUCCUUCUUCUCUCCUGAACAAUACUCUUGGAACCCAACAACUUGUUAAACUUGUCAAAGUGGAGCUCUUUCCAUGGCUUCUCACUGCCUUCCCUAGUGUUGUAAAUGGCACCUUCCUUGCCCCACCUCCCAAGAAGAAGCAAUGUUUGAUCCCCACCCACCUCCCAUGUCCGAAGAGCACCAGGAAUGUAGCUGCUCAUCCCCACCUCUGUUGCCAUCCUGGCCACACCCACCCACCAUCCUCCUCUCAGUUGGCUGGGACUUUUCACCCUUUUUCAUCCUGGGCUUCCUGAAGACUUUAGAACCUCCAGAGAGUUCUGCAGUGCAAAUCGGAGCCCUGGCUCGUCAGUGAUUUCCCUGUUCCACACCAAGUAAAACCCAAAUUCCUUCCCACAACACCUUAUGUGCUAGUGGCCUCUUUGACCUUGACCUUUGUCCCACCCCUCAGCUUUAAACCACUCACUUAGUUUCUCUUCAUUCCAAAUGCCAUCAGGUCUUAGGACUUGGGCAUCUGCUUUGCCAUCUGCCCAAGAUGCCAGUCUUUUCACAGUGGAAAAUCAUUCAGUCAGGCGUUACCAAUCAGGGGCCUUUCCUUGAUCACCUCCGUUUAAGCAAGGAAUUUCCUCCUGGAUUCUGUCCCAUUGUCUCCUUUUACUUUCUUCAUAAUCAGAAUUACUCUCUGGACUUGUCAUCUGAUUAUGCACUAAUGGAUCUGGUACCUGUACCACACCAAUAGUAGAUAAAUUGGAUGUGGCAUAUCUUGUCUUUCUUCUCGCUGAUGUGGAGAACAACUGAGAGACAAGUGAGCAAAACACGUGAGUGCAGAUGGUGGUGCUUCAUACGUAAUGCUUGCUUUUAAGGCACUUUGCUGUGUUUAAAUGGUGGGAUGGCUCAGUGGGUGAAAGUGCGAGCCUUAUGACCGAGUUCCAUCCCUGGAACCCAUGGUGGAAGGAGAGAACCAAAUCACAAAAGUCGUCCUCCGAUUUCAUGUGUGUGCUGUGACAUGUGUGUGCACACAUUCACACACCCAUCAUAUACAUACAAUAAUAAGUGAGUAAAAAUAUGGAAGUGGCAUAUUUUUAAAAAAUUUAGGCUUAGAGGAUCUGGAAAGAAGGCUUAGUGGGAAGGAGCACGGCUUGCUUUUCCAGAGGACCCAAGUGUGAGUUCCAGUACCCACGGGACAGCUCACAACCAUCUGUGAGUGCCCUCUGCUGGCCUCUGUGCACAGACAUACAUGUAGGCAAAACAUUUGAGUACAUAAAAAUAGAUAAUAAACCUUGGGCCUGGAGAGAUGGGUCAGUGGCAAGAGUACUGACUGCUUUUCCACAGGACCUGGGUUUGAUUCCUAGCAUCUACAUGGCAACUUACAACUGUCUUAACUCUCGUUCCACAGCAUCCGAUGCCACCUUCCGGCCUCCAUGGGCACCAAGCUCACAAGUGGUGUGUAAACAUACAGGCAGGCAAAACACCUGUACACAUAAAUAAUUUGAAAGAAAUCUUUUUUUAAAAAAUAUUUAAGCUUAUAUUUCUGAACUACUAUGUUGUAUAAGCUCUCUAAAUCAUUAAAAAAUUUUAAUUUAUGUGCAUGUCUGUGUGAAUAUAUACCAAGUGUGUUCAGGCUACAAGAGGGUGUCGAUCCCCUGGAGCUGGAAUUACAGGUAGUUUCAAGCCACUAGCCGUGGGUGCUGGGAACCAAACUUGGGUCCCCUGGAAAAGCAGCAAAUAAGUGUUCUUUUCCACUAAACCCAUCUAAAGGAGUAGUUCUUGUGAUCCCACUGGGGGUCAAACAAUCCUUUCACAGGGGUCACUUAAGACCGUCAGAAACUUUACAUUCUGGUUCAUAACAGCAGCAAAAUUGCACUUAUGAAGUAGCAACAAAAUAAUUGUAUGGUUGGGGGUCACCACAACAUGAGGAACUGUAUUAAAGGGUCUCAGCAAUAGGAAGGCUGAGGACCACUGCUCUACCCCACCUCUUCACCAGUGCCCUUUUCCAUUAACCAUUAAACCAGCCCUCCAGCCGCUCCCCAAACCAUUGUGUGGAAAAGGCUAGUAAUUUACCCUGUGGCAUAAAAUGACUUCAGUGUGGUGGAACUCAGUUUUCUUCUAUGAGAGCAUAUUAUGUAUAUAUGGCAAACAUUAGUGGUGGGCUGACAUCAUCAUCCAGAAACAACCUGAUCUGAGAGUUCUUUACUCUUCUAGUAGCUGGCAAGCUCCCUAAUGGCAAGUGUUUUCUCCCUCUUCACAGUAGAAUUAUUCUACUAUUAUCAUAUGGACAGCUCUUGUUUGUUUGUUUUCAGUAUACCCCAAAGAAGCAACAUUUGUAGGUGACUCUUGUACUAUCCUACCUUAGAGGUAGGAGGGGAUCCAGUACCUUUCACAUCCUUAGCAGCUAAGGAUACAAGUGGUACUUCUGUGUUGGAGACACCCACAGACCCUUUGUAACAAUGAUUAAACCCAACAAGCAGAAGUGGGUUCUAGAUUGCUAGCUCUCUGCUCAUUAGUUCACUUUUAAGGAAAACUUGAGAGCUUCUGGAUACAAUCAGUAACAAUACAGGUUGUUUAAAGAACUGAAAGACUAGGAUUGGGUCAGCAGUUAAGAGUGUGCUGCUGGGGCUGGGGAUUUAGCUCAGUGGCAGAGCGCUUACCUAGGAAGCACAAGGCCCUGGGUUCGGUCCCCAGCUCUGAAAAAAAAAAAAAAAAAGAACCAAAAAAAAAAAAAAAAGAGUGUGCUGCUGUUCCAGAGGACCAGAGUUCUGAUCCCAGCAUCCACAUCUGGCAACUUACAACUGCCUGUUACUCCAGCUCCAGGGGUUCCAGUGCCCCCUUCUGGCCUCCACAGGCACCUUCACCCAUGCACAUAUCCAUGCUCAUAUACAUAAUUUUAAAAAUUAAUAAGAAAUCUUUUAAAAGGAGAAAGAAGUAAAAGCUAAAGAAAACAGCGAAGAUUCUAGAAGCCGAGAAAGAACUGUCUUCCUUUUCCUCCAGGCGUACCGCCAAUUUGUUCUCCUGUCCAUCUUUCUUCCAGUCCAUCUCUCUCAGUCCAUCCCACCCACCCAGGGUUGGAGUCCCUCCAGAAGCUGAGCAGCCAUGACAUUUGCUGAGGAAAAGACCUAUAAGUAUAUCCGCUACAACCACAGCAAGUUUUGCUGUGUUGAUGUUCUGGAGAUCCUGCCUUACCUGUCCUGCCUCACAACCAGUGACCAGGAUCGAUUACGGGCUUCCUACAAGCAACUAGGAAACCAGGGCACACUCUGGGAACUCUUCAAUACGCUCCAGCGUCGGCCUGGCUGGGUAGAGGUCUUCAUCCGGGCACUGAGGAUCUGUGAGCUGCCUGGGCUGGCUGAGCAAGUGACUCGAGUUUAUCAGAGCUACCUGCCUCCUGGGGCCUCACUCCACUCCCUAGACCCAUUGCAGUCACCAAGAAUUCCUACCACGGUUUCCGAACCUUCUGCAUUUGCAGCAGGCCACACCAUCCCUGACAGUGGCUUCCAAGAUAAACCAGGUUACCCUAAGCCUGUCCAGGACACCCAGCCACCAAAGUCCCCAGUAGAGAAUUCGGAGGAACCCCCACAGGCCAACUUUGGGGCCAUUCCAAGGAUGUCGGGUGACUCUUUGAUAUCCUCACCUAACCCACCGGCCCUCAGCCCUCAGCCCUCCAGAGAGCAUCCCGAGCAAGAACCCGAACUGGGGGGCCCCUCCACAGCAAAUGUUGACUCUGUUCCCAUAGCAACCUAUGGACCUGUGUCUCCAACUGUUUCCUUCCAGCCCCUUCCACGUAUUGCCCCGAGGACAAACCUCUCGCCUGGGGUCACAGUAUCAGCUCUAUCUGCCAAGACCACUUUGUCCUCCUCUUCUACUGGAUCAGCUUUUGCAAAGGGAGCAGGUGACCAGGCCAAGGCUGCCACCUGUGUCAGCACUAAAGAGGGAGUACCUACCAAUUCUGUGACUACCAGCUCAGUGCCUUCCAUCAAACCAGUACCAGUAAAUACCAUGUCUUCCAAGUUGCCCAUCAGUACAAAGUCCACUGCUGCAACGCCCUCUACUGUGCCCACUAAUAUAGCGCCAUCAAAAUUACCCAUCAACUCAGUAUAUACUGGCAUAGUGCCAUCCAAAGUGACUGCUAGUGUGGCCAAAGCAAGUGCCAGCACAAUGCCACCUGAGAGGAACAACAAGCAAGCCAAGGAGACCCUGGAGGCUCCAGCAACCGUAGUCACCACUGGAAGCAGCCUGACCAGACCAGAUAUCAGUUCCAGGAGCUUGCACUCUGGGCCAGAGUUAAGCAAGCCAGGGGUGCUGGUGUCCCAGGUGGACAACGAGCCAUUCUCAGCCUGCUCUAUGGACCUUGCCAUCAGCCCUAGCACCUCCUUGGGCUCAGAACCCAACCAUGGUCCAGAGGAGAAUGAGUAUUCAUCCUUUCGAAUCCAGGUGGAUAAAAGUCCCAGUGUUGAUCUGUUAGGAAGCCCUGAGCCACUAGCCACCCAGCAGUCCCCAGAAGAGGAAGAGCCUUGUGCCAGUUCAGUGUCCUGGGCUAAGUGGCUGGGGGCCACCAGUGCACUCUUGGCUGCAUUCCUGGCAGUGAUGCUCUACCGUAGCAGGCACCUGGCCCAGUGAAGCCUCAGCUGUAUGCCACACUCACUUGCUCAGUCCUGCCAAGCAUGCCCUCUAGGCUUGGGGUGGUAGAUAUGGCGAGGUCCACUGAGUUAUCCAGGUACAGGUGCUACCUGUACUGAGGCGCCAUCACUAUGUGGUGGGGGAAGAGACACUGCUUCUAUCCUGGUUCAUGUCAUCUUCUGGUCUUCAGCUUUUGGGGGCCCUGUAUCCCUUCCAUUGCUUCUGACCUGCCCACAGGGCAGGGUAAGAUUGCAUGCUAUGUGCUCCUAAGGAGGUAUCCCCACCAGACUCAUCCCUAUUGGCCCAAGCCUGAAGAUGAGGAGGCAUUGCACUGUUGACAGUGCCCCUCCUCUCACCCAGGUCUCCUGAAACACAAGCGUAGAAUAGUGAUGAGUGGUCCCGUAGCAUCCAAUGCCUUCCACCAGCAGCCUGGCUGAGGCCUCGGCAGAGUGCCUGGGAGCAGCAGAGCAGCUGGUCUCUUGGGAGCUUUGGGUGCUCUGCCCCUUUGGUCCCUCUCCCCAGCCAGACAGCCCUAAGGGUGGGCCUGGAGGUUCUCUGUGGACUCCAAGAAAGCCAGAAGCAGCUCCCAGGCCUGAGAAAGCCCCUGGGAGCCUUGCUCCAGCCUCCUUAUCCCAGCUCUUCACUUCUCCCCUCCUGGUCUCCAUUCUCUUUGACCUCCUACACUGGAUGAUGAGAUACCUAGUGGGCAGAGCUCAGGCUGGGCUUGGAUCAGUUCCACCCUUUCUCUGCCUUUAGCAGAUGUUUAGCUUCUCUAGUCUUCCUCCCAGUGUGGACAGUGGGUAGCACUUCCUUUUACUGGGCUCCUCUGAGUUUGAAGGAUAGAGAUAUUUGCCUAGUGCCUAUCCCCGAGGGUGUGAGCACAAGUUCUUGCCGUCCUGCCCAGGCUGGUAGAGCUAAGGUGAGAGCAUGAGAGACAGAGUGCACAGUGGUAAUAGCACAGUCUUUGAGAGAGCAGCCUUCGCCUCCAUCGUGCUUUUGUCUCCUCCCUGGUCAGGUGUAGACCUUACCUCUGUGCCUCACUUUUCUCACCUGUGAGAUGGGGUGAAUAUGCAUAUAUAUGCUAAUAUAUUCUAGUUUUAUUGGGAUUAAUUAAAAGAGUUUAUCUGUACAAA